AUGCGUACAGUGCAGAUAGAUGCCGAGUGGGCAAAUGCCGCCUUGCCACCGAACGAUAUAAUCUUGCCUCUGGCAUCCUCGUCAUUUGGCAUCAAUAACGACAACCCAUUGGGCAUGAUAGCGACAACUUUUAUCUCAGAUGCGAUGUCAAGAAUUCCAUACAUGAUGAACACAGGUUUCAAUGUCUUAACUCCUACAGUGAGACCGAACCAUAACUUUACUGCUUUAUCCAAUGUUCCCAAAGACGUCACAGAUAUCCACAUUAAGCGCUUCCGGUAUGGCUACAGUUACUCUCUUCAAGGCUCUACGAGACGUUUGGCAGUGGCAAUUCUCGUUCUACACAUGUUGUUAGCCCUGAUACACGCGGUGCUUGUUUUUCGACACGGAUACACAAAUAAUAUCCUCAAGUCACUCACUGAGAUUCUCGUACUUGCAAUCAACUCUCCGCCAUCAUCAAAUCUCGAUAAUACAUGUGCUGGAAUUGAGAGAGUUGAUACAUACAAAAAGAUAAUAAGAGUCCGAGAGGUAUCCUCAACUCAUUUGGGAUUGAUCGUUGGUGAUGAUAGGGAUAUUACCACUGAGGAGGUGAUGGCGGAUAAGAAAUAUGGAAGUCUACGCAAGGAGUGAGACGCGCAAUGUAGAGAGGAUAGACAUGGAGGAUUGAAUAUGGGAGAAGUUACAUGUUCAGAACAAUACUGUUGGUUCUUAUAUCUUAUGGUUGCAUCUUCGAGAUUUGUGGACUGUAAUCUUACAUCCGAAGUCACAAGUAUUCUGGGCAAUUUUACACGAAUUCAAACUUCCACGAUAGUACCAGUAUUAAACUUCCUACCACAGACAAGAUAACACAACGGAAGAUAAAUGUACCCCCAAACCCCAAAACACUACGACUCAUUUCAUAAUUUGUGGUGUGACGG